UAACCCGGGCGAUUAGAUGGCUCAGAAACGAAAUCGGCUCCGCGCGCUUUCCUGAUAAAGUCGCUCGAAAAGUCCGUUCCCUUAUACGUGUAUAAAAGGGGGGAAUCUCUUCCCUUCGCCGUCAAACGAUCGUGAAACUUUGUUGCGAUGUCUCCGACCGUGGUCGCAUUGUUCUCCGCGCUUUUGUUAAUGUCCCGGAACGUCCGCGGCUGGUACAUCGCGUUCCCGAACAACAGCGCGCCUUUCGCCAACGAUCUUCGCGACUCUUCGCCGGAGUGGACGCCACCCUUGAUAUUUCCAGGAACGAAGUGGUGCGGCAGUGGCAAUGUUGCACAGAGUCCGGACGAUCUGGGGACGUUCGCGAUGACCGACGCGUGCUGCCGCGAGCACGACAAUUGCGACGACGUCAUCGAGUCGAUGCAGACGACGCACGGUCUGACCAACAACGCCUUUUACACGAGGCUGCACUGCUCGUGCGACGAGAGGUUCUACGACUGUCUCCACAGCUCGGAGGAACUCGUUAGCGCCAAGGUCGGCUUCCUCUACUUCAGCGUGUUAAACACGAAGUGCUUCCGCGAAGACUAUCCCAUCGUUGGCUGCAAACGGCAUUCACUCAUUCCUAGACGCUGUUUGGAGUACGAGCUGGACGAGAGCCAACCGAAGAUGUAUCAGUGGUUCGACGUGCCCGUGUAUUUCCAAAACGGCCAGCGGGUGACAGAGGUUGGCCGUCAUAUUCGAUCACUCGGUUCCGCCGCCGACGACGACGACGCCGCUCCAUUCGCGAACUCGUGGAAGUCUAUUUCGACCAACGGGGGAAACAACAUGCGCUUAGAGGCCGCGUAAAUUCGUAGCCUACCCUGUACGCCUUCUGUCACCGUAGUUAAAUAAACGCCAAUAAAACCGCACUU